GGCUUAUGUUCUGCGCUCAACAUCGGCCAUCUCCGUUUGCAGACAUGAUCUGACAAUGAACGACCAUUCUUAGCUUUCGCAGCCUGUUGUCGCUGGGAAUGGAUGAAACGGAGAACGAAAGGCAGGUUUUGUUGAGGAGUCCUUUUGACGUACGUGCACUAUAUUCUCACGUACUACCGGGGCGAGCGCGGCUGCCAGAGCAACCGUCGGAUGAUACCGUUUUCUCAGUUCCUUGCUCACGCCGGCUGCUUCAGCGAAACCUUCUCUAUCGGCAAGUGCCUCCCGAGCAGCACCUACCCGAAACAGCCCCAGCGGAGCUUGAUGACUCAGCUGGGCGAGCUCAGCAUCGCUGUCGCGUGCACGUUCGGCCACUCCGGAUCGAACAUUCCUCAUCUUCAUCCUCGUCCUGGAACAACCGGCAGCACCAACAGCAACAGGCGCAAUGGCAGGAGGGGCAGCAACAACCACAGCACAGGCAGCAGCAGCAGCAGGCUGAAAGAAGGCGGGUGGCUGGGGAUGAAGAAAGGGAGGCCACGCCUGCGAUGAGGCGUGCGGCGGCGGCAGGGGGAAACCAGGAAAAGGAGGGACCGCAGGAGGGGGAGCGGGCAAUGCAGCAGCAGGAGGAGGGGGGGGAGCGGGAGUGGAAGUACCUGGUUGCUGCCUUGUGUGUGGAGCCGUACGCCUGGCCGGGCACCUUCUUUCCCCUCCCGGAUUGCGCCUGGCUGCUAGCACUUCCGCCAACCGACCCGCAACCCCCAACGCCGGAGCAACAACCGCCCCAACCGGAGGAUCAACCACCGCGCCGCAACCCUCCACCUGCAGACCAUUGCCCAGCAGCAGCGUCAGGGGCAGUGGCGGCAGCAACGGCGGGGCGCGAAGGUUCGGGACCCGUGGGUCACGGAGUGGCUGCUGACCGGGGGUUAGCAGCUGCGCCCGCCGGGCCGGCGCAUGCGGCGCUGCCGAAUGGCGCCGUUGGGGCCGGCGACGGCGUCGUCGGCAGCCGGCGAAGUCGACCCGGCGUUCAUGCAGCGACGGUGGCAGAGGCGACGGCGGCAGCGAUAGCACGGGGAUGGAAGCCGUGGCCUCUGGACCGAAGACCCUUUCGCCGCUUUAUUGGUUGGAAUGUACGGCGGAGCGGCUGGUACGGCUGUGGAGUAGGCUGGUACGACAAUGCACCUGACGCCGGCGGCGGAGGCGGCGGAUGCGGAGGCGGUGUGGGGGAGGUAUUCUACGGCGGCGGCGGCGGCGAGUGUGGCGGGCGGAGUGAGAUGGGGCUGAUGGUUUCGGAGAAGGACGAAGUGCCCAACCUCCGGCUGCUCCUCUUAUACACGGACCAAUGGAGCGACCACGUCUUCGGAACCUUCCCGCUCCAUACCCCGGUAUGGGCUGCCGUACUCGCACCCGCCGCCACACAGUCGGAGGCCGAGCAGGCGGAGGAGCAGGGCUGGCGGCCGCUGCCGGCGAGGUUGGACGCCGGACCCACGGGUCAGUCGGGGCCCUUGGGUCGGCCGCAUGUGGUAAUGCAGCCGAGAGGAAGGGCAGCAGCAGGCGCGACGGCUGGGGAUGAGGUUGCUGCUGGGGCGGAAGCGGAGGUCAUGUGGCCUGUGCAGUUCGGAGAUCUGGAGAUCUUGGCGAGCCCCUCGACGAGUCACAACCUGCAGCGGCUGCGUGUGCGGCUGUCCCGCUGCGCAGUGGGGCUCACGGAGGUGUGCGACACCUCCAACCCGCUGGCAUACCCGGAUGUGGAGGCGAAGCAGAUCCGGGUGCUCCAGCUGUCACCGCACUCGCGUUCUGGAGGCGACGGCGGCGGCGGUGCUGGUAGCUCGGCAGCGGGUGCCGCUGCUGGAGGUGGCGGGACUGGGGGCACUGAAGCCGGGGACGUUACAGUGGAUCUGGAGGUUGGCGGUUGGUCGUUAAAGGAGGUGCUACCGGUACAGAGGCCGCAGACACAGUUGGAACCGGAAGACGGCGGCACGACGGGGGAGGCUGCUGCUGCGGGGAAGGCGGAUGACGACCAAAAGCAGCAGCGGCAACGACGGCAGCAGCGGCAGCGGCGGUUCCUUCGGAGGAUGCAGCAGCAGCGGCGGCGGCGGUUGCUUUGUGCUCCGGGGGAGGACCUGGAUGCGGAUGUGAUAGCUUCGGGUGCUCCGCGGGUGGUGGAGUGGAUGUGGCACGACUCGCUGUCGCCAAAGCCCAGGAACGCCGCCGCCGACACCGCCGACGGUGUCGUCGCCGCCGACGCCGCCGACGGCGACAACAUCACGUACGUUCGAAACCUGGAUGGGCACUUGAUGGGCCUAGGCAGGCCGCUGGAGCGAGAGGCAGUGGACGACCUGUACUGCAUGAUCUGCGAGGAUCAGCACUUGUACGACAAUCUUGCCUGCCUCAUGGCGCAUGUACGAGCAUGUCACAGUGAGCUCGAUGUCGUACUGUCGUACAACGGACUCCCGCAACCAACCGCUGGUGGCGGUGGCGGCGGCCAGACCGGCUUUCCGGCCCCCUGGGCGGAUGAAGAGGAGGGAUCCCAGGAGUCGCGCACGCAGCGAGAUGGUGACCCAGAUCAAGAUUACCAUCCCAUUGCCGUACUUCAUGUGUCGAAGGCGCCUGGUGCUGUAGAUUGGGGCGCAUUGGUGCGGUCCCAUGGGGCCGCAGCGGCUGGGGAGGAUGGGAGCGAGGAGGAGGAAGAGCUUGACGUGGAGCCUUACGCAAGGCCGAAUUGGGCUUUCUUCAGUGGAAAGUGGUGGCGCGGAUUGCAGUUGACGUUGCGGGGGCGCUUCAGGGCUUGCCUGCUGGGUGCAGGUGCUGCAUGCGGCCCGGGCUCCGUGACAGCGGCAGCGGAGGCGGGACCAAGUACGGCACCGCUGGCGGCGGCGGCGGAGGCAGGGCCCAGCACGACAGCACCCUUGGUGGCGGCGGAGGCGGGUAGGAAGGGAGGCAGCGAGGUGGAGGCGGCCCUACGUCGUCUCCUGGAGGAUGCUGCCGUACGACAGCGUACGAUAUCCGCUGUACGGCAACAGGCUGCCGCCGCCAGGCCACCGCUGGCGGAGCUCGCCUGUGGCGGCGGUGGCUGCGGGCCCCUGACGGAGGAGGCACCGCAGCGGCGGCGGCUAGCUGCGGGUGCGGUGUGGGAGGCGGCGGCGGCUGCAGGCCGGCAGGUCGUGCGGGAGGCCCGCAGGCGCCUGGGUUCGGAUGUGGGUGGCCAGGUGGCUGCGG